AUGCCUAUUUUGCUCCGAGGCUUUUUCAAUGUCUCAAGGCAUGUAAAGCAGUCGACUAAAUGGUGCCGCGCAAUAAAUGGUGCAAGGCUGAUGAGUAAACGCAAAGCCAAGGCUCCAAAACCAUUUGAAUUGAUAUAUCCCGAUGCUCCAACCAAGGAGCACUCCGAUCUCAAAUCCUUCUUAUCAUACGUGGAACGUGUCAGCUUGAACAAAAGAUCUUCGGUCUACAGAGGCACCCAUUAUGAAUACACAGUCGCCGAUACUCUAUCCCAGUAUGGCUUCUUUCUCAAACGCGUUGGCGGACAGUCAGACCGUGGCAUGGAUCUUCUAGGGAUAUGGACACUCCCCUCCACGACACGAACAUUCAAGGUGGUUCUCCAGUGUAAAGCGGGCGCUCGGAGUGCAAGCCCAAUGUACAUUCGCGAGCUCAAGGGCGCUAUGGCAGCAGCGCCUCCGGGAUGGCGAGGCAAUGAUGUCCUGGGCCUCCUGGUGGGUGAGAGACCAGCCACGAAGGGUGUGCAGGGCGAGAUGCACUCUGCGGAUGUGGCGCUAGGCUAUGUGUGUUGUUCCAAAGAGGGAGAUGUUCUGCAGCUGCUAUGGAAUAUCAAGGCUCAAGCGAUGGGUCUAGAUGGAGUUACAGUUGGGUUGAAGUAUGGAGAGAAUGAUAACAAGCUUGUGUUGAUGAGGGGGGGUGAAAUGUUGCCUCUGCUGGAGAAGACCAAGACUGAGGAGGACGACUUGGUGGUUGAUGUGUCUGCCAUUGAGAUCGAAGGCUCACAGGGCUAA